GCUAGUUUCCAGAUUCUUCAUUCUGUUCUCAGCCUUAACCACUCCAGUGGAGAUAAAUUCAUAGUGUGAAACAGAACUUUAUUUAUUGAUAUUAAUUUUCACUUGCACAAAUUUCUUUCCAAGGAAGUAUGCUUAUGAUGAAACCCCCAAUGCUGCUUUCAAAUUCAUGAACAGAUUAGAAAUUUGGGGCCAUAGAAUUUAGGACGAAAGUGGAGUGAGCAGAAUGGUGCUGUAAGUUUCUACAAGGAAUUUUGAUUUCCUCUGAAUGAAUGAAUAAAUUUACGUAUAAUUGUUGAACACAGUGUUAUACUCCUGGGUUUACAGAAAAUGUGUGAGACAUAAGUUCUGCCCCCAUGGAGCUUGCAGGUCAAUUGGAAAGAGGGUUGUAACUCAGGUGAGAGAAUAUGAGCAUAAUCUGAAGUGCCACUUCACAUGGCGAACACCAGGGUGCUGUGUAUGCAGAGAAAUGUAUGACUGAGCCAUGAUACCAAAGGAGGAGGGUCUUGAUGAGUCUGUCUCCUCUCCCUGAGGAAGAGUGGGCAAGGUGGACAGGGACAAAGCUCAGAAGCAGUCCACUGUGGUUGGGGGAAGGUAAGAAAGACAGGCACCUGCAUCUCCCUCCCAGCUCAGGCCUCCUGUGACCUCAAGGUGAAGGUCUUAGCUAAUUAGACCACACCCACGACAGCUGGAAACAAUCAGUUUUACAGCCCUUGAGUCUAUGCCCCUGAACAUGUACUAAAUGAUAGCAUGUUUCCUGCUACACCUGAGCUCUGGCGUCAGACCGUCUUUAGCAAACACAUCCCUUCACUUCUGGGAUCAUUUUGCUGGCCUUCCCUUAAAUGAGACUCCUCAGUUUCAGCUUCUUCCCCCCUGUUUUCACCAAGGGAAACUUUCUGUGCCAGACAUUCUCUUCCCAAACUUGCAGUGCCCGGGGCAGCUGAGGGAGGGACUCAGUAUGGCCACAAGAGGGCAGCAAAUAACAUGAGACUCAUCAAAGCCAGAAAACUUUUUUUGUGUAUGGUCCUCUAAUUUGACUGCACAAAAGCCAUAUCAUCCCAAAGCAAGCAAGCCAUUUCUCCAUGCCUGCUGGGUGCAAGACACCAGGUUAAAGGUCAGUAUACAAAGAAUUAGAAGACAAGUACAACCUGCCUCUGAUUUAGCAUGGGGUUACAGCAUCACCUUACCUAGAAAUAUUGCAUCUCAGACAACACACCCAGAAGCAGCCCCUUGUUGACGGUCCUGUGUAUAUGGGGAUAGAGCUCAGAAGCCGUGACAAAGAUGCUUCAUUCGAUAAAAUGUAAAUGCUAAGGGAUUCUUAUUCUUAUCUCUUUAAGCCCAACCCCUUCCUAGCAGUGCCUGGCACAUAGAAGAUACAGAAUAAAUGUAUGUUGAGUGAGUGAAUGAUCAACCAGUUAGUGCACCAUCUAAAGCGAACUCAUCCCCAAAGGCAGAGUGAACUUGAAACAUAAUAGUUAUUUGGGCUGGACCAGUUAAAAGAGAUAAUACAACAAUAUUUAACGCUUUUCAAGACAUUUAUCUAUUGAAAUAUUAGCCUUGGUGUCGGGCAUACAUUAGAAACACCAUUUCACACGUGGAGAAACUCAGCUGCAACAAGAGACGCCUUGACUUUCCCAUGAGGAAAUUUUUGCCCAUUUGUUUUUCAUUUGGCAACAGGUUCACCAGUGAUGUCAGGUUACUACGGGGUCAGAAGAUCUUUCCUAUCUGACUCAGACUUCCACAACGCUAAGCAGUUUGCAAAUGACGUCUGCACCUCGGGCGCGGCGAAGCCCUUUCCCUGCGAGGCCUCCGCAGGGCAGGGCCACCCAGCCCUCCUGGAUCCCUACUUCACGGAGCCCUACGGAGACCACCGCCCCCCGGCCCUGACCCCCAACACCGGCUCUCUGUUCAGCCCCUCGCCCCUGCCGCCGCUCCUGCCGCCGCCGUUCCCCAGCGACCCCACACACUUCGUGCUGAGGGACUCGUGGGAGCAGACGGUGCCCGAUGGUCUCAGCCAGCCAGACCCCGUCCCCGCCGAGGCCCUGCAGAUCUUGCCGCCCAGCACAAGUUGCCUCUCCCAGCUGGAGUUGGGGAGCUCCGCCCAGCACAGGAGCUCUAGCUGGGGGGCCCCCCUAGCUGGGGCUCAGUCCUACUCGCUGCAUGCGCUGGAGGAUCUGUACCACACGCCAGGGUACCCCACCCCGCCCCCCUACCCCUUCACUCCUUUCAUGACGAUGUCGAAUGACCUGCCGCCCAAGGUGGUGUCCCUCUCCCCCGACGAGGAGGCAGACACCUCUGCCCUUCAGGACCCUUCUGCAUGGGCAAAAGAAGACGGGAGCACAGCGUGGGGGUCGUACGAAUGCCGCAGAGCUUACUGAGGGACGCACCAGAGGACUUCUGCUAUGCCUUUCUUUAACUUGGGUCUGUAUUCCACAGAUUGUUUUCAGUGUGGCAGCUCAUUCAGAACUGGAUUUUCGGGAUAAACCAUCAUGCCACCCUUUGUUAAUGGACGGUGACAUCUAUUUUAUUUGUAAUCCUCCCUACCACAAUCCCACUGAAAUAGAACACAAUGUUAAUUCAGGAUAUCAGGGACCAUAUUCUAGUGAGACAACCUGACAGUGAGGUCUUUUGGGAACUUUAGUAAUCCAUUAUAUUCUGAAUCUUCUGUUAGCUUGGAAGUAUCAUUUUUGGCACUGAUAAUUUUUUCUUAAAUUACAUUAAAAAGUUUAUGCUAAUCAUAAAACAUACUGAUUUUCCUAUCCAAUUUUUCUUAGUUGUGAACCAUGAGUGUUCUUUAGUAAGCGAGAAUGCAUAGAAUAUAAUAUAGAUUGGGGCAUAUGAAACAACACUCAUUUUAUACCAUGUGGCUUUAAAGUGCGAAGCAUUAUAUAGAUUUCUCUCCUUACAGUGACUUGUAAAGCCCCAGUAAUAAAUUAUGGCACCACAUAUGGAUGCUUUCUUGUCAUUAAAAUAGGAUGAGGUCAGGAGGCUAUGGCUUCAUAACCACAUAGUUUUGACUCUGCCCUAAAGCCCAGGAUGUCCAAAAAUUAGGCUAAUCCAAAAAAUAAUAAAGGCCAAAAACAUUCUUUGAUCAAUAAUAGCCUUAAAUAAGCUAGACCUUGUGUCUUGGAUGGAAUAAACCUACAGUUCAGAGUGGAUCAGUAACAUGGGCAUUGUGGGAUCAAAUAAGAAUGCACGCAUUGUAAAGAAAAUACAGAGAGCAGGACUGGGUUGCCAGCAAGAAACAACAGACCACAGAACACCAAGAAGCAAAAGGUCUUUGGAGAGGGAUGUACUGUCAGGUGUGCACCAGUAGCUUUACACACAUCGUCUCCCAUUUAAAGGAAGACCUUGUUGCAGGCUCAUCCAUCAGAACGUGCAGCUCUUACUAUGUAUAAAUGACGAAACUGACAUCUGAAGCAUUCAUCUGUCUCGCGAAAGUUCGACUGGUGUGGAUUCCUUUGCAAUUAAGUUCCCAGAGUAAUUCCCACCAAGCAGUGUGCCCAUAUGCAGACAAAGCCCAUCAGAAAUGCCCUGCACACACUUUGACUUUGCACUGCAUGAGUUGAGGCCCGCAGGUUGCAUCCAUACUCUUCCUCCCAACUCCCUACCACCUUCCUUUUUUUAUCCCAUUUUUCUGAUGCCCCUGGUGCCUCCUGACCCAGUGCCUUUUCCGUCCAUCUCCUGGGGUCCCAAUGGUCUCAUUUUCUACCUUGUUGCCCAAAGCCCCUCAAUACAGUCUCCAUCACAUCCUCUGUGCCAGUGUCCCAUGCUCUCCCUCAGCUAGAUAGGAGUCCAAAAAAAUCUAAUAAGGACAUUCUCACUUAGAAGUGAAUAAUUGAUAUUCUUCCUUCUACAGACCUUUAAGGGUAUUUUCUGGUUAAGCAAGCACAUUCCUAAUUUAUGGAGUGCCUGCAGAAAUGCCUGCAUAGGGAGCCUUCCUUUACCUCACACCCCUCAGCUCCCUCCUGGGAGAGCAUCCCCACAGGAGCAGAUAAGGAGGAGCACUAGUGGUCCUCAGCUCCGGGCUGCACCCUGCUGGGCCCCCUGCCUCACUCCUUCCCUCCUACCACUUCGUUUCACAGCCUGAUCUUUACUUUGCGCACUAUUCGCUCUUCAAUGGAAGGAGGCAACUUCACUGUGGGAGAGAGAGCUGCUCUUUCUUAAGUCUGAUGAAAGUUGGGACCUCAGUCCUGGUUCCCAAUAUCCUUGGCAGAGGCACCUGUCAUCCAGUGUCACUCAUACCUGGACAGCAGGCCUAUGCAUCAGAACAAAGAGAUCUGGCCAUCUCUAUAGAUUUAGGGGUCUUCACAAGGGUCUCAAAGUCAUUUUUCAAGAUUGGUUGUAUAAAAUUUAUAAUAAUCACAGUUAUCUACUGCUUACUCCCUCUUACUAAAUAGCACACAACACAAUAACGGUUGUGUAAGUGAUAAAUAUGGGUCCACAUCACCUUGACUUUUGUUUGAUUUUAACACUAAUGUUAGCCAUGCUCAUUUUUCUUAGUUCGCUGUUAUCUACUCACGUAUAAUGUUCAUCUCCUCACGAUCUGAGGAUACUUCGACUCUCAGAUAAGCAGAGCUCAGCAACCAGACUUGGAAAUGGCAGUAAAUGCAGUGAGUGCAGGGGUGUCCACAUCCUUCUUAAAGCAGCCAAGCCCUUUCAUACUGUUUGGAAAAUUAAUUUAUAAAAAGGAGACCUACACAGGCCCAUACUACAUCUACUAUCCAUUUCAGUUACCUCGUCUACAGCAGCUGGGGGGUGGGGAGUGGUGCUAAUGAUUCCAAAUAGUACAUGAUUUUUCAGAAUUCUAUUUAGCUUGACAAUGUGUUGCUAUAUUACAUAUAUUUUGAUUUAGUUCGGUUUUAGCGUUUUUGGAAUUUACAAUACUUUGUUAAAAAGUGAAACCAAGCCACAAAAUCACGACAGGGAAAUUAAUUAUAUUUCCCUAUCCCAUUUCCCCUCUAAGCACUCUCUAUUUCCUACUGCAUGCCGGGAACUAACUGCAACUUUUCAUAAUAAUGCACAAGGCCAGCAUAAGAAACAAAUGCACAUUCUUCUCUCCCUCUCCUUCCUUAAACCUACUGUUCGAGGACUCACAGCUUUCCUGGGAAUACUAGAGAAAAUUAAAGAGCUCAGGGUCAAAAUGCCAUCUCUUUCAGGUCCCUUAAGAUUCAAUAUAAGCAGAGAUGGUGAUGUCGAGUUCAAGCUACUAAGAAAGCUGACCAGAGGGUAACGUCAAAAAGAAGUGGAAAGCAAAAUUUGCCCAUGCAAAAGCUGAAUAUGGGCAAUUCUCUCAUAGAUCACUUGAAAUGGAUAUUGCAGUAUGUAGUUGAAAGUGUUUGUGUUUCUCUUACGCUGUUACACAAACUCCAAGUAAGAGAAGAAAACCACAUUUUUACCUCGUUCACUUAAUAAAUGCUUUUAAAUGAACAUUAUGGCCUGCUACAGCUCAGUUAAUAAUACAGUAUGAUGGCACUAUGGUGGUAAGGGAAGAAGCACUUUAGUGCUGACGUGCUGGAGUACUCUAAAAGAAAUUCUACGAGGGGAAAAGAACUACUAACCCCAAAAGUAAAACAUAUAUUUACAUACAUAUUUACAUACAUAGAAAAGUAUUGCUAGAAUUUUUGUGAUCCAUUUGUCAAUAUGUAAAUCUAAAUAAUACAUUCAUAAUAAAAUAUCAGUUAUAUUUAAAAGAACCAAAAUAACAAAUGAUGACCAAGAUUUAAGUCACAUUACAUUAUAGUGAUUCUACCAACUUCACACCAAAAUUAUACUCUUUCAUUAGGUUCUGUCCACAGUAUCCUCUCUGUUCAAAAUAAUAUUACACUGUUCCUCUUACACACCACGUUCAAUAACUAUUGACUCUAGAGAGGUUACAUACAAAAUCAUACACUCUAUGGGGCCAGCCCCAUGGCCAAGUGGUUAAGAUCAUGCUUUCAGGGCCGGCCUGGUGGCGCAGCAGUUAAG